GCGCGGCGCAGGCGCCGUAGCGUGGCCCGGCCCGGCUGGCGGCCCCGCGCCGCUGCCGUUGUCGCUACCGCCGCUCUCCUGCCCGCUCCGCCGGGGCUGCACCGCGCGGGCCGCGGCCCCAGCGGUCGGCCCCGCUCCCGUGGGCGGUAGGCCCUGCCUGGCGCUCGGCGGCGGCCUGGGGAGCGCGGGGAGGCGGGAGCCGUUGCCCAGCAGAUAACACGGUGAUAGGAGACUUAUUUAUUGAGAUAUAUUUUCUGGAAUGAAGUAGACAAGCAACGUAGAAAAGGUUUAAUUAUUUGUAAGUAAUGACAGUUCAUCACUUCUCUUUAGACACCUGUUUGUUCUUUGUGAUUAACCCAAAAAGUCUUUGGUGGAAGCAAAGAAACAAAUACCUGUAUUUGUAUAGACCUAAAGUCUGCUGGAGGAUAAAUCAUGCCAUUCACCUGAGAGUUUUUCAUACAAGCGAGCCUCAGUGUAAAUGGGCCAGAAGCAGAACAUUUUGGUAUAACAAAUACAUUUACAGCCAUGACCUUUUAUACUACAGAGUUUCUAAACUUUUAACUUCUUCUUCCAAAGGACUUACAAAAGUGACCAAUCGCAUGUCACGAAUUAAGAAUACUAUAGAAUCUGUUUCAAAGGCAGUGUCUGGCACUCACAGUGAACUGGUUUCACGGAUAGCUCGAUUAAAGUCACACUCAGGUACUCUGGGAAAAGCAAAUAAAAGUAAUGCAGAUGCAAAUAACAUCAGUGCAAAUCUGGAAAAUGAUGAACAAGUCACAGAUGCCAGAACUCAGGAGGAUUGCAACAGAGGCCCAGCUGCAAAGAUACCCAGUUGUGCAAAUGAAGACUCAGAGUCUGUGUUAGGAAGUUCAAGUGGCACUUACCAAGAUACUUCGGAAGAUUCAGUGUCUACUAAAACACACCUUUUUCAUAUAAGCUACUUUUCUACAAAUUUUGGAGAGACUUACAACUUCAUAGCUGAUCAUAUCAACUGGUACUUUAAUAAUAAUUUUGUUAUGGAUCAAGAGAAAAAAAGGAAUGCUUUAUUACAGGAGUCUAAAAGCAAAGAGAGGAAUAAUCUUAAUUCAUCAGAAAAUCCUGUAAUAAGUGAAGAAAAGACAGUGGAUUCAGCAGCUGCUUUAGCUCCUGAGGCAGAGACUCUGGGUGCUGAAAAGACAAAUACCACUCUUCCAAUUUCCACUAAAAAAAGUAUUGUAGACUUUCUUUCCUAUCCCAGUAACAGUGUACAAGCUUUUGUAGACAGUUACAUUGGUGGGUUGGUUCCCAAGUUAAGAUCCGAUACAAAAGUUGUUUCACAAGAAAAGAGUAAACAGCCAGACCAAGAAGUAUCUGAGAAGGAUGAGGAGGACAAAGCAAGGGAAGCUAAGACUGCAGAAGAGAAGGAAAAGCAUCUGUCUCUUCAGAGAGAAAAGAUUAUUGCAAGAGUGAGUAUUGAUAACAGGACUCGAGCUUUAGUUCAAGCCCUACGAAGAUCCUCUAAUAGAAGAGUCUGUAUCAGCAGGGUUGAAGAACUCACCUAUCAUCUUCUAGAAUUUCCAGAGAGCAGAGGAGUUGCAAUUAAGGAAAAAUUAAUCCCAUGCCUACUGCGACUGAGACAGGCAAACGAUGAAAGUCUUCAGGCUGCUGUUAGAGAGACUUUAGCUAUAAUUGGAUAUACAGACCCUGUGAAAGGCUGGGGAAUUCGAGUCCUUGCUAUUGAUGGAGGAGGUACAAGGGGUUUAGUUGCACUUCAGACUCUACGGAAACUAGAAGAACUAACUGGCAAGCCGGUUCAUCAGCUUUUUGACUACAUUUGUGGUGUAAGCACAGGAGCGAUACUAGCUUUUAUGUUGGGGUUGUUCCAUAUUCCUCUGGAUGACUGUGAGGAACUGUAUCGCAAGUUAGGAUCAGAUGUUUUUAAGCAGAAUGUCAUUGUUGGAACAGUCAAAAUGGGUUGGAGCCAUGCCUUCUAUGACAGUGAUAUAUGGGAAAAAAUGCUCAAAGAAAAAAUGGGCUCAAAUCUUAUGAUUGAAACUGCAAGAAAUUCCAAAUGUCCAAAGGUAGCUGCAGUAAGCACCAUUGUGAACAGAGGAACACCACUGAAAGCAUUUGUUUUUAGAAACUACAAUCACCUUCCUGGUGUCAAGUCUCAUUAUAUUGGAGGCUGUCAGUAUAAACUGUGGCAGGCCAUCAGAGCAUCAUCUGCUGCACCAGGUUACUUUCAGGAAUAUGUUUUGGGCAACGAUCUUCAUCAGCCAUGAAUGUCUUUCAGUCUAUGGCUUGAGUCUAGAUUACUACUCUUGGUUUGUCAUUCCUCCCUCCUGCAGAAGCAUGCUGGGAAGGUCCUAAUUCUACCAUCAUACUACCUGAAAAAUUUAAAUGUUAAGAUUGAGAGAUAGGUGGAUCAAAGACAAGAGGUUGUACAAAGAAAACAGAACAUUUGAAAUGGAAUGGACUUACAAAAUUAAUUACUUCCUUCUGAAAAUAGUCAAACAAGAAUUCGGGUUUUGACUAACAGGCACCUCUGUACCCAUAGAUCAGAUAAAUUGGCCUUCUUUAUUUCCAGGUGUUUAACUGCUUGAAACUUUAUAAAGUGGCAAAGGUCAUAGAAAGUAAUACAGAAAAGGAAGCUAUUCUGUUCGUCACCAAGACAUUCCAUACUGCUACUAAUCAUUCAGUUUUUAGGUUAUAUUGCAUUUUGGUCAAUGUAUUUUCAUAAACAUCUUAUAAAAGCUGAGUGCUUACAAUAAGACUUCUAAUUGGUAAAUUAUAAAUCAUUUAGAUUAGAAUCACACACACACACACAAAAGAUACCAAAUUAAGCAGUUCUCCAAAACAAAUUGGCAGACUAAAUACAGAGGAACUCAGAGCAAGGAUCAGUGAAGUUUCUUGAGAUCUUGGUAUAUCUAAUGUACGAAACUGCAGAGUUAAUCACUUGGAAUUGUAUUCAGUGUUUCAAGGACAAGCAUGAAGAAGGAUAUGUCAUGAUUUCUUACGAUUACUUUUUAAAACAUUUAGAUGUGGCUUGCAUAUUUCUGUAUUGCUAGUUUAAUAUAUUUCUUGGGAAGGACUUUUUGUCCAGUUCUGUGAAGAUCCAGGAGUAAUUCAGAAUCAGAAAGGUUAGUUUCUGUUUUUUAAUCUUAGAACUGGAAAAUCCUUUGUUGUUUUAACUUCUUCAUAGAAUUCAUGCAUGGGAAAUCAUUGCAACUAAUUUUAAAACUUGUGAAAUAUUUUUCCACAAGAAUUUCAGCCUUUGAUGUAAUUAGCUCUAAGGUUUCUGAAGCGGCAGAUUUAAACAAAUUAUUGCAGUAUUUCCUUCAUUGACUUCUUAAUAGUCUGAUUCAACUAAUGUUUUUUACUGCUUGAGUAGUUGAUCAUUGUAAGCAAAGAGCAAUAUGAUGAACAUCCUUGUUUAAUAGAAUAAGCUGGUUUGAAGCACAGUAGUGAUUGGGAUGUGGUUGUUAUCAAUCUGUUUGGAGGGGAAGAAAAAAAAUCAGUUGCCUCUCUUAUUGAGUGCUGCUUCUAACUUUCCAAAAAUUACGUGUAUCUGUAUAAAUGCUAGAAGUUACAUUAAAGGUGUCUAAACUGAACAUUAUUAUGAAUGGAUAUUUACUGUCAUUUCAAUAAACCUAAAUUGGAGAAUGUUUAAAUAUGGAAAUCCUUGCACAAAGCUGUUAGAUAUCAUCACAAUACACAUUUGGGGUGUGUAGGUGUGUGUACUUUACCUCCCUUUGAUCUUUUAUUUUUCCAUAUUAAAAAAACCACUGUAGUAUUCUAGUAAGUACAUACCCCCUACCUUUUAAUAACACUAAUUUUCCUGUGGUGAAGCAGUUACGUUUAAUGAAAUCAUAUUGACGAGAUCAGUGGAAAUUAUUUGGUAAGCAUGUUUUUAGUCUAGGAUUUAAAGAAAAAAGUAAGCACCACAAAGAUAACUAUUAAGAUUUUAGAUUAAGAUUCAUGGGGAAUUAUAUCAAGAACAAAAACAUCCUUGUAUUUAGUUUUCUCUGUAGAAGCUAAUUUAAACAUAAGCAAAGGAUAAUAGGCCCUGAAGAGACCAUUCAUUUUAGCAGUGUUUUGAGCAAAAUGGACAGUGUCCAGAAGGAGUUCAAAGAGCUGUUUGUAGGUUGAAAUGAAAGCUUAAUUUAAAUUAAAAAAAAAAAAAAAAAAAAACCAAACCAAAAAAAAACCCAAAACUCAAAAAUCUCAGCUCAGUAAUUGUGUUUUUACUUAUUUAUCUAGCACAGCUGUAGUUACAAGGAGUUUCUGUAAAAUGUUUGUCAAGUCCUAAACCUUUUUUAUUCUAAGCUAUUCCUGAGUAGAGUUGCUUUUAUUUAUUGUUCCUGUAAUGGGAUGGUCAGGUAUAUGAUACAGGGAGUUCAGGGGGCUUUUGCAUAAUACUUAUGUCAACAACAGUCAAUGUUCUGUUUCUUUCGUAUUUUACGUAUUUUCUUUGUAUACAUUUUGAAUAACUAUAAAGGUCUUAAUCUGUGGUAUUGAUAAUUUUUUUUCAUCUUAAAUUUUGCCUUUAUAACUGCCUGGUUUUUAAGGCAUUCCCAGUAUAGAAAGUCCUAUUGAAUUCAAAGUUCAAAGUAUGUUUGUUUCUUAGGUGGAGUGAAGAUCAUUUUAUUUCCAGGAAGUGCUGAACAAACUUUUGGAGAUUUGCUGGUUGUCUGAAUGCUUCUUAGACUUACUGUCAGUCUUACUGAUGCUUACUAGUCUUAAAGUAUUUUAUCCCAGCCUCAUCACCUAUGGUUUUGACAAGUUGCUAGCAAAAGAUGUCUUUCCUCAU